AAAAAGAAAAGAGAGGGAGAGGAAGCGAGCGGCUGGGCGCCCCAAGCCCCACAUGGUGCAGCGAGGUCCACGCUAACAACUUCUCGACCUUGGCCUCCCACGGCUCUGCCGCAUUGCCGCGCGCCGCCGGCCGGCACUCGCCGUCCUGACGCGAGAAGGAAGAUGCUCUAGGAAGUUGGGGGCCUGGCUAGGGACAGCCUGUGUCCCGCCGUGGGAUCGGUGGGAGAGGGGGAGGCAGGCAUGUGUGAUCUGGUGGCCCGCACGGGCCGGCACCUGCAGCGCUACGAGAACGGCCGUCGCCUUGUGGCCGGGUGCAUACCAUUCAGAUAUAGGGAUAUUAAUGAUGGAGCUUCUGAUGAUGAACAAAAGAAACUUGUUGAAGUUCUCAUGAUCAGCUCCCAAAGUGGACCGGGUCUUCUAUUUCCAAAGGGAGGCUGGGAGAAUGAUGAAACUGUUGAAGAGGCAGCUGCAAGGGAAGCUAUCGAAGAAGCUGGAGUGCGAGGAGAUUUAGUGCAACUGCUGGGGUUCUACGAUUUCAAGAGCAAGCAGCCCGAAGCAACGUGCAGAGCCGCAAUCUUCGCCCUGCACGUGAAGGAAGAGCUAGCCUCCUGGCCAGAACAGAGCACCCGGCAGAGGAGCUGGCUCACCGUUCCCGAGGCGGCGGAGCGGAGCCGCUACCCGUGGAUGCAGGAGGCCCUCGUGACAGGCUUCUCCGCCUGGCUCGAGAACUGGAGAAACGGUGGUGGCGGCGGCGGCGGCUGCGUGGACCGAACUGAGAGAUGACACCACCUUAAAGCAUCAGGGGGGCCCCCGGCGGAGAAGCCAUCUGCUAGCUAUUUCUUGGCGUUGUAUCUUGCUUGGACUAGAAUUUUCUUCCAGAGGCUGACUGCCUGGCAUACAUGCAUGAGGGCUCUCUGAUGCUCGGUAGCUUUUGUUUACUUUGUCGCUUUAUUACACCGUCGUCUUCAGGAUGACAGUCUCCUCAGCUGAUGAUGGCCCGAGGUUUGUUAAAUUGUAAGCUUGCUGAUUCUCGCGGUCGCCAGCUAUAUUUAACUGUCUUGUAUUGAGCCUUGAGACAAAGCAAGCUUUGUG